AAACUAAACGUAAGCUGUCAACGUCAAAGGUUAUAGGUGAAAAACCCUAACCUAUCAAACUAUUUUAUUAUUCAAAAUAUUGUAAAAAUAAUUUUGGAUAAUUUAAAGCAGUACUUGUGAUUUAACUUGGCCGCGGCCAUAUUCUUUAUUGUGCACGUGUUACGGUAGUAAUAUUUUAUGAAAUCGAAAAUGGAUGAACCUCCCAAAAGGGGCCGUGGACGAGGUCGGGGCGGUCGUGGUCGUGGCAGAGGACGAGGAAGGGGCCGAGGUCGAGGCAAGAAAGCCAUUAAAGUAAUCGAAAGUGAUGAAGAAGUCGAGGCCCCACCAGUAGAAGUACCCGAAGAUAUACAAGCCCAAGAAGAUGCUCCUGAAAAUAUUCCUCCACCUAUUGAUCUUGAGGCUGAUAUCUCACAGUUGGAAGCUCCGACUUUUACGACCAUCAACAGAGGUCCACCAGAACCUAUGCUGCGCCUGGACUGGUCACAUAAAGUGAAUUUGAUUGGAGAAAAAGUGCUCAAUCCAUUAAUUCAUUGCUGUGAUAAAUGUUUGAAACCUAUCUUAAUUUAUGGACGAAUGAUUCCUUGCAAACAUAUCUUCUGUCUAGCAUGUGGUAAACAAGAACAGAAACAGUGUCCCCGAUGUUUAGAAAAAGUUACAAGAGUGGAACAAACUGGACUAGGGACUGUAUUUAUGUGUACUCAUGGUGGUACACGUUACGGUCAAAGUGGUUGUCGUAGAACUUAUCUGUCACAACGCGAUCUACAAGCACACAUUAACCACCGACACGUGUCUAAUUUAUCGUUAAAUGCUCCACCAAUGGAAGUAGUUGAACCCGAAAGAACUUUACCUGUGCGUACUAAAACUGCCAACGAUCCAAGAUCAGGAGGUGGUGUUCCAGCUAAUGUAAGAUCUAGAACUGUUCCUAUGCAGUCUGCCGGUGUACGGACUAACCUCAUAACUGUGCCCAUUCAAGAAUCGGCUCCUACAAUCCACGAAAGUGUCCCCACAACCCAGACGUACUAUAACCAGUAUCAGCAACCGGCAAGUUACUCCCAAUCUUUGCCUCCGAUGCACCUUCCUCCCCCUCAACAACAACAACAGCAAGCCCAGUAUUAUGCUGCACCUCCGGCUUACAGCCCAGCUCAAACGUAUCCCGCGUAUACUGGAACAACCACCGCUGUUGGUCAGUACGCCCCGCCUGCGCAGGUGCAGACUCGACAGCCGUACGAUUACAACACUGCCCCUCCACAAUGGACUAAUAAUCAACAAUAUUAUAGAUAGUUUUAAAUGAUGAUGAUGUUAAUUAGUGAUGCGAGUUUAAAUUUAAAAUAUAUUCCAUGAAUAUACGACUGUUUUGGAUUAUCGCAACAACGAAUAUUUUACUGUGCAACAACACAAGAGGUACGAAAGUAAAUUGCUCUAAUAAUUAUGUAUUAUUAAUAUAAUUAUUUAUAUAAUACUUUCGUACUUUUUAAGCUCGCUACAGACUAUUCGUGAUGCGCGAUUCGCGGGCAGUUCACGAAUAGUGUAUAAGGUCUUAGGUCGAGUAAAUUAUUUUUUACUUCAUAAGUAAUCAUGGUCACAAACCAUGGAUUGUUUACAGUCUGCUCUAUUUUCCAAUUAAUAAUUGGUACUUGACGCCAUCUUUCAACAAGUCUAUUGACAAAUUCACAAAAGUAGCAUACGUUGGACGGAGGUAGCGAAAUUAAAAUGAGCUCACUAGCAUUGCGACCGUUCCGUAACACGUUCCGCAAGUAGUGCCACAUUCAGAGAACGAAUUUCUAACAGUUGCGGAACCGCUCCGUCACAAAUUUUCGCCUCUUGAAUGCGAUAAAUGAAUAAAUCAGGCAUCGCGCAUUACAAAUCGAGUACUACGCAUAGUCUGUAUGCUUUAUUCGCGAAUUUCUACGAACUAGGUACAACGAAUCACGAAUCAUUCAUAGUCUGUAGCCAGCUUUAUGUUGCACAGUAAAAUAUUUGUUGUCGCGAUAAUCCAAAACAGUCGUAUAUUCAUGGAAUAUACUGUAGAGAACUGUAUGCGUAUGCUUCAAUGGAAAUUAUAAUAAAUUUAUUUUAAUUUAUAAUAUAAAUAUAUUGUUAAAUUUUAAUUAAAAAUUAAAUUUCAGCAUUUUUAA